AUGUCGACGCCAGCAACCCAGCCCGUAAUAACGCCGUCAAGCUCGCACACUGACAAGCCGACAGUGCGGGUCGGCACGCGGAAGUCGGCGCUAGCCAUGAAGCAAGCGGACUUCGUCGUGACGUCGCUGCAGAAGCUGCACCCGGGCAUCAACUUCGAGAUCAAGGGCAUGCACUCGGCGGCCGACAAGGACAAGAUCACGGCGCUGUACAAGUUCGGCGGCAAGGGCCUGUGGACGAACGAGCUGGAGGCGGAGCUCAUGGGCGGUGCGCUCGACAUGAUCGUGCACUCGCUCAAGGACAUGCCGACGGGGCUGCCCGACGGCUGCGUGCUGGCCUGUGUGACAAGGCGCGAGGACCCCCGCGACGUCGUUGUCGUCAAGGGGGGGCUCGAAAACAAAUACAAGACGCUGGCGGAUCUGCCGGACGGCGCCGUCGUCGGCACCAGUAGCGUGCGGCGCAUGGCGCAGAUCCGGCGCCGGUACCCGAAACUGCACUUCAAGGACAUGCGGGGGAAUAUCGAUACGCGCAUCAAGAAGCUCGAUGCUGAGGAUAGCGAGUUUAGCGUGCUGAUCCUGGCGGCGGCGGGUCUGCUGCGCAUGGGCUAUGAUGCGCGUAUAUCGCAGUACCUGGAGAGCGGAACGGAGGGCGGCGGCAUGCUGCAUGCGGUCGGACAGGGAGGCCUGGGUAUCGAGGCCAGAGCGGAUGAUACACAGACGCUGGAAUUGCUGAAGGCGCUUGAAAGUGAGGCGGACAUGCUGGCGUGUGAGGCGGAGCGGAGCGUCAUGCGGACGCUGGAGGGCGGCUGCAGUAUUCCUAUUGGGGUCGAGACGAAGUGGGUAGGGGAGAACAAGCUGCGGUUAACGGGGACGGUUGUCAAUGUUGAGGGCACGGAGGCUGCUGACGCGGAGGGCGUCCAGGAGAUCAAGACGAGAGAGGACGCCGUCGAGUUCGGCAAGUUGGUGGCGCAAAAACUGACCGACAAUGGGGCGCAGAAGAUCCUCGAUGUCAUCAAUGUCGACCGCGAGGCCAGCCGCGAGAGUGCUGAGGCCUGGAUACCGGCGUAG